AUGCCCACUCAGCUCUACAUCCGGAAAAUCUGGAAAAUCUUCUGGGUGAUCACUGAAAAUCAUCACAGGUACAAUAUAUCGGAAGCUCGGGCGUUCAAGUUUGAAGCAAUCAAAGUGAGAGCCGAAAAACACGAAAAACACCCUUCUCACUCCCCUAUCUCUCCGCAUGUUCGUCCAUUUGGUCCACUACACUUGUGCACGCAAUCCAAAGUCACCAAUACCCGUUUUGGUAUGUUUUUCAGCUCAUUCACCCGCAAUUAGCAUUCUUCCGGUGUAAACAGCCCCGAACGCUCACGCCCGGGGGCUUCCAGUACUUCUGGCUCAUGAUGACCGAAGCUGCCGUCGGCGAGUCAUUUCCUCAUUGUUCUUUUCACGCGACGACCUCCCCUCAAUGAGAUUAACCCGAUCGAAUGAGAAUCAUUUCGAUUAAUUGGAGACAGGACAGAGUGAGUUGCCUCCGACACUUCCGCCUCUUCUCCAUUUCCUUCUUUGCCAGUGCUCUAUUGGAUUUCUAUAUCAUUGGUUGUGAUUACACUCAUUUUUCUCUGUUUUGUCGUGGAUCUUUUCGAGUGUUUCUGCCUUUUGUAUCGGCGGAGACGGGCCAUCAACGAGAUACCCGAGUUCGAACGGAUGAUGGAGCACAUCGCAGGUCAGACGCUUCUGAAACAAAUCAAUAAUUUAUUUUUUUGCAGGCGGCAGUUUUGUUGGCAUGCCCCUGUCCCCAAACGAGCAAGUACUCCGUGCAGUCUGCUACUGGUGAGUACCCUCCUCUUCUCAGUUUACCGAAAAAGCUCAAAUUUUUUUCAGCGACAAGGCAGCAUUCGCCCAUCACCGUCUUCGUCGCGUCGAUCCGCUGAUGCCGAUCCGUUUCGCGACUGGAAGUGACGAUUUGGAACCGGAAGGUUAGAAUGGAACUUGUUCUGACCUCCGGAAAUCUCUUUGAAUAAUCAACGGCUGUAGCCCCGUUCCGCGACGGCUGAUGAAUAAGACACGUGUUUUCUCUUUCUUCGAAUUCCUUCUCAAAUUUUUGCCUUUUUGUCUUUGUUUUUUGACUCCUUUCGAGCCCAUUCUAGGCGCUCCGUCAACUCGCAACUCUCAACUAAUCCGUUGUUCUAACGUCCCUUUCUCUGGUAACCGCUCGGAAAAGUAAUGGCUGCCGGAGUAUGUCACUCAUUGAAACUCAGGACACUACUCCAUUGACAACUUUUUUUGGACGUCGUCGUCGACCUAAAAAGUGCUGCAGCUUUGAUGAUCAGCAUUCUAGAUUAGAACUAUGCAUACGAGUGUACGUUCGCUGACGUCUUCCGUCGGUUAUUUUGCUUGGCGGCUGCUGAGUUUUGCCGUGCAACAACCUUUCAUUGUCCUCUUUCGAGUACUAAACUCUUCAUUUUAUUCCUUUUUUCUCCCAUUCUAUUGUGAAUUCUUUUUUCCCAACACAUUCCAAGGUCUUGAAACUUUAGAAACUUUAAGGUGAUCAGAGGGCACCUCCAAGUGAUCUAUCAAACAUUUUUGAUGGAUCGUUACAUUCCAGGUACAACAGUGUUUGCAACCUUCUCCGUUAUGCAUUUGUCGGUCGGCGAGGGUGUCCGGUGACGGAUUGAUAUCGAAAAAUGCAUUUCCGAUUGGUUUGAUUGAGGAGUGGGCGGGUCAGUGAGCGCCGGGUCCAACGGGCCUUCCCAAAGGUACCACGACUGCUUGAGCCAAUCGUCGGGAAGUGUACGCGCCCACAACUGAAUACAGCUCUUUGCCUAAUUUGACAAAGACAGCGCGCUCCUGCUCCUUCACCCCACUCCUCCCAUUUUUCCACGAAACGAGUGAGAAGGGGGCUCAAAACAAUUUGGGGUGGGAGGAGGAGAAAAAGGGGAAGAAGGAGAAGAAGAAAGCGUCCCGCAAGAGUAGAAGUUUAAUAGGUUCGUCUCGAAGUGACCUGUGCCUCCUGCUGCCUUUCCGAUUUUCUCUCCUCCACUUCCUCAUCGCUUUUACAACUUUUUGCCCCCCACACGCACGGCCACCCGGCUCACUUUCCGUUGUACCAUUUGCCCGACCGCAGACCCGACUAUUGUUUUUUGUUUUCGAGCUUCUGUGAAACUGAGAGUAGUAACAGGUAAAACUCGGAAUCGUUGAUUGCGAAAAGAAUGGGCGAGACAAAAGACGGGCGUGUUGAAUAUUUAAAUUCCAGUUUUAGUCGGCGAUCAUCAUAAUAGCUCAAGAGUCCUCCCUUAUUCUUCUGUUUUCCAGUCUCAUUCUCACUCAUCCUGUUGCCACGUCAAGUGUGAUCUUCCCCAGCUGGCCCCUGCUUGUCAGCUGUUUUCUGAUUUUUUUGCUCAUAACUUGCUGAACCCGUCUCUUUUAUUCCUUACACCCGUGUCUAUAUAUCUUCAUGUGAUUUGAUCCGAAAUUUGAAACGGAUAGGGGUGGUGCACUGCACUGACAUCAUCAAAAUUUACGGGCAAGAAACAAUUUGUCGCGCUUCCUCAUUCUCCGGGCAUCACAGCUCACCUAUUUCUCUCCUGUCCCCUGUUAUGUUUGUUACAUCCAAAUGUUUUGUUGCUAUCCCGUCCCAGUGAUCCGAACAUGACAGAUCACGCUCGUUUGAACUUUUUGCCGACUGACUGACUGACUGCUCAUCACCAUUCAUUCCGUUUCCGUUUUUAGCGAAACUCGUCGAGCACUUACCUCUUCCUCCACCUACGAGGCCAUCAUCUCUCGGGUUCUUAUGAACAUUCCCGCACGGUUCACCGAGCACACCCGGCGCGGCCACAGAAGCAGCGAAUAGCUGAGAGGAGAAGAGCAAACCUCGUCCCUCGUCGCUUCGAUUUUCAGCGGCAGCAGCGGCCGAGCGGUCAGUUCUUCCCUCCUAUUCAUCCCCUUUUUCUCUAUUUGUUAUUGUUGUUUUGUGUCAUUGUGUAAGUGAAUGGACAUAUACGAAAUAUGUGUUGAGUGCCGUUCUUCCCAGCAAGAGGUCCAAAAAUUUGGUCCUGAACGGCUCGCUUCUCAUUCAUUUUCAGACCCUUUCUGUUUUCAGAGGAGCUCUCGGCCCCCUCCUCCUUCAAUAUGCUCAUUCACUUUUUGCUCUUGCUGAUCGCAGGUGAGUAUCAUGUUUACGAAUGGUCAAACUUCAGAGUAGCAAGCAGAGAAUGAGUAGAGGCAGCCCCCUGGGCUUCCAAUCAAAUAAGUUCCGGGUGGGUCUUGCCGAAAGCUUCCAUCAUCCAUCAGAUGUUAAUUUACAACAAGGCGCUCGAGUGUGUAUGUUGACCACCACUCAUUGCCCCUUGUGACCAGGAACUGGUGGUUAUCGUAGUAGUCGUAGUACUACUAGCACCCUCCUCUUCUCCUCACUUUUUCAUUUCCGAAAAAAGAAACAAUUGGGGUGGGAGUCCGAGAGGGACCUCAAAGAACCAAAUGAUGCUAAUCUCUUUUCGACGACACAAUGAUGAAUUUCCAAUUUGAGUGAAAGCUCCGGUCCCUUUUGUUGGGGAUGUAAGCCUGAACACAGAAGGAUGCGUUUCAGCACCGGCAUGCACCGCCGAACCACCAGUGCCCACACAGAUCCGACUCGUCCACGAUCUUCUCGACAACUACGACAAGAAAGCGAAGCCGAUGUGGGACAACUCGAAGCCCAUCAACGUCUCCUUCUCGAUGGACCUCUAUCAGAUUCUGGAGCUCAACGAGCCCCAGCAGUACAUUCUGCUCAACGCCUGGAUCAUCGAGGUAGGCCGGAAAUGACGUGUGUUCGGCGCGGUGUUCGGCCGCUUUCGGUUGGCGGAGCAUUGCGCGAGCAAGUCGAAGUUUAUCCUGAAAUGUGCAAAAAAAAGACGAAAAGAAAAAGUUUUAGCGAUGGUUCGACGAGUUUCUCUACUGGAAUCCCGACGAUUACGAGAAUAUCACAGAGCUGCGGCUGCCGUACGACUCGAUCUGGCUGCCCGACACGACGCUCUACAACUCGUUGGUGAUGAAGGACGACGACACGCGACGCCUUCUAAAUGCAAAGCUUACCACCGACACGCAGCGGAGAGCGGCGCUCAUCGAGCUGCUCUACCCGACCAUUUACAAGUUCUCAUGCCUUCUCGACUUGCGGUUCUUCCCUUUCGACGUCCAAGUGAGUACUAACCUUUUCCCAAUUUGUUCUCUUUCUCGUUUCAAAACUAAUUACACUUUUUUUACGAGAAAAAGGUUAUUCUUUCAGGUCUGCACAAUGACAUUUUCGUCCUGGACGUACGAUCAGAAAGGCAUCGACUACUUUCCGUACUCGGACAAAAUCGGCACUUCCAACUAUCUGGAAAACGAGGGAUGGUACAUACUGCAGACGAAAAGUGAGUGAAAAGUAGAGAAGUAUGAGUGAAAUCGUGUUUCGUUUCAGUAAAAAGAAGAGAAGUGAAGUAUGCUUGCUGUCCGAACAACUACACGUUACUGCAGUUGACGUUGUACCUCCGACGCAAGCCCCUAUUCUAUCUUGUCAACCUGAUUAUCCCGACUUCUAUCAUCACUCUCAUCGCCAUCGUCGGAUUCUUCACGUCAGUUUCUCAUUCCAUUUCAGUUAAAAAUGUAUGAAUGUUUUCUUUCUUUGCAGAACGUCAUCGGCUUCGGGAAUGCGAGAAGAGAAGGUGUCGCUGGGAAUCACGACGCUUCUCUCGAUGUCCAUUCUCAUGUUGAUGGUCUCCGAUCAGAUGCCCACCACUUCCACAUUCAUUCCGCUCAUUGGAUGGUUUAUUCUCGCCAUGAUCAUAGUCAUUUCAUUAGGAACCGUCGUCUCUUCAGUCAUUAUUGCCAUUCAAAAACGAGGAAGUCUUGGCGAGCGAAUGUCUAAGAAGGCUCUCAAGUGCGUCUUUUAUUCUUCUGCUCCCCCUUCACCGCAUUGUUCCUUUUUUUAGAUUUCGCCAAAGUUCUUGCGUGGUUCACCUGCACAUCGCUGCCUCCGCACGUCGAGAAAGAGCACAUGAUGGAGGCGUUCGAUGCGCCGACGCCGUCCGUCGAAGUGCGUCCGUUGCAGUUGACAAGUGUUAAGGAAUCGGUCCGCAACAAGUGGGUCUCCGGUGCUCGCCGAGCCACCCAACGCGCCAAUAGCGGACUUGCACUGAUAUCUGAUAAGAGCACCGAUCCACUGAUACACCUGUCACCGACUGCUCAUCAACACGGUAACACUUCAAGCACUGAAAUGGUUAAUGACCUUCCCUCCAGACGAGUCCAUCUCUCCGUCAGCUCCUCCAGUUCCCUGUUCGUCCCCUCUGCCCCUUCCACAAACUCCUGGACCUGCCGAUGACGUGGUUUCUGUGGCUUCCGAGCUAUCAUCAAAGUUCUUGAUGAGUCGAAUGCGUCCAAAGUCACAGAAAGACAAGGAGCACUCGUUCGCCGCCAUGCAAAGUGAGUUCCGAACAAUUCAGACUAUCUGAGAGUCGAGUAAUGCUUUGUAGAUUCAGGUGUGAGCCGCAGAAGAGGUAGGUUCUAAUAAGUGUUCUUCUUCUUUGACUAUCGAUACGUUUCAACUCUUUCCAUCGUUUCAGUUGUGUCAAACUUCUAUUCUCUCCUUUCGUUUCACCCUAAACUCCUCCCCAAUUGUUCAGUAAAUUGCGUUCACAUUUAUUCAUUUCAGGUUCGAUCAAAGCCAACCGUCAGUUGGCGGUCGCAGAGUUCGAAUGGCUGGCCACAGUCGUCGAAAGGACGUGCUUUGUCAUCUUCGUCGUCGCCUUCCUCAUCAUCACUUUCGGCAUCAACUUCAUCGGAUUCAUCCACUGGCAUCAGGCCGGCGUUGAGUUCGGCGAGCACUGA